GUUCAAGUCCUGCCCCUUGCAAACAAACUGUCAACAACAAACAAGUCAAACCAAGUGAAAUCAAAUAAAUUGCUACUUGCCUCAGUAACCAGAAUGGUCUUAUUGACCAUACUAAAAAAAUUGAAACAGAAAGAGAAAGAAAUGCGUCUACUUAUGCUGGGCCUUGACAAUGCUGGCAAAACCACAAUAUUAAAAAAAUUCAAUGGAGAAGAUGUCCAUACGAUUUCACCAACUCUCGGAUUCAACAUCAAGACCCUGGAACACCAAAAUUACCAGCUGAAUAUAUGGGACGUUGGAGGGCAAAAAUCGUUGAGGUCCUACUGGCGAAACUACUUUGAAAGCACAGAUGGCCUAGUUUGGGUUGUCGACAGCAUUGACAGAAGGAGGAUGGAAGAUUGCACAAAAGAAUUACAUUCCUUACUACAAGAAGAGAGAUUGGCAGGUGCAACAUUGCUUGUUUUUGCCAACAAGCAAGAUCUCCCAGGGUCAAUGACAGCUGAUGAAAUCAAAGAGGCACUGAAUCUCGACAGCAUUGAAACUCAUCACUGGCGUAUCGUCGGCUGCAGCGCCAUGAACGGAGACAAUUUAUUGUCAGGAAUCGAUUGGCUAGUCGAAGAUAUCGGAGCCAGGAUAUUUACAUUAGAGUAAUGUGUAUUCUCUCUCUCUUUCGUUCUCUCUAAAAGUCAGUACGGGCUGGGAGGUUAUAAGAAAUUGUGGCCGUCUUAAUUUUAUAAUGUACAAUCGAUGAAAAGAAUUAGACAGACCGUGGAAAAAAAAGGCAACAAAACAAAA